UGUGUUUUUUCCUUCAUCUACAUAUGUGGUAGCUUUACUGGUACGUCAAAAAAUGUAGUUCUUUCAUUACAUACACUUUAUAUAUGUUCCACGUUCACUGAUUUGACUGGAAUUGUUGCGAUGAAAACUUAACGGUUUUGAGUAGAUGUAUGACGCCUUACAGGAAAAAUGGGGGGGGGGCAGAUGUGGAGUCUUCUUGUUGCUUUUGCAAUUUAUUGCGCUGCAAUGGUUUGUAAAAACCAUUCUACACACCAAUAUAAACAUUUACAUUUAAGAUGCGCUUACACAAAAUCUCGCCGAACUUAAUGAUUUAACUUCCUGGUCGCUUGAUGCGUUCCAAUUGCUGCGCGUAGCAAAAGUGAGAUGGAGUGUCGCGACUGUUAUGUUACACUUGACAGGACUGUGACGUGAUGUUACGAACUGUGUGAAUUAUCGUCUUUCAUUUCUUGUUUGUAGCAGACUUCCGACUCACUGUAAACUUAUUACUAAUGUAAAAUUCAUAGCAGAAACAAAUAUUAUAAAUAUUACGUUCUCUGGUGGAAAAUCAAUCAAUUUGACACAACCGAAGUUUUCGUCUGCUACCUUGUGCCCACGUAUACAAACACGGAUCUCUUUCGAUACGGAGUAUCUUUGGCAACUCUGCUGAAGGCGCAUCUUUGAAUGAUAAAAUAUUGUGACGUGCAGUUGAGCCAUGUGGUCAGUGUAAAUAUAAACAUUAACAGUAGUGGAAGAAAAUUGUUUUCGAAGAAGGACGAAAAUGCCAACAAUCGGCAUCAAACGCGACUGGCUCUUCGAAGCUCUUGGAGAGAAAUACACUGAUGAACAGUUUAGUGAUUUGUGUUUUAAAUUUGGCUUGGAACUUGAUGAAGUGACCACAGAGAAGCAGAUGCAGGCAAAGGAACAAGGAUUGGAGCAUACUGAAACAGCAGCAUCAGAAGAUGUAAUUUAUAGGAUUGACAUACCAGCCAAUCGUUAUGAUCUCCUUUGUUUAGAGGGCCUUGUCACAGGACUUCUUGUUUUUCUGGGAAGAAAGCCAUUGCCGAGGUAUAGAGCAGUGAAACCAGAAGGAUCCAGUGUUCAGAAGAUUAUCAUGAAACCUGAUACGGGACUGAUACGGCCUUAUGUAGUUGCUGCUGUACUAAGAAAUAUAACUUUCAAUAAAAACAGAUAUGAAAGCUUUAUUGACCUACAAGACAAACUUCAUCAAAACAUAUGUAGGAAACGUUCCUUGGUGGCAAUUGGUACUCAUGACCUAGAUUCUGUUGAAGGUCCAUUCAUUUAUGAUGCUAGGCCACCAGCAGACAUCAAAUUCAAGCCCCUUAAUCAGACCAAAGAAUAUACUGGUCAUGAAAUAAUGGAACUUUAUUCAAAUCAUGCACAACUGAAACAAUAUUUGCCAAUAAUCAGAGAUAGUCCAGUAUAUCCAGUUAUUUAUGACAGCAAAGGCAUUGUUUUAUCUUUGCCUCCUAUAAUUAAUGGAGAUCACUCAAAAAUAACACUUAAUACAAAGAAUGUGUUUAUAGAGUGCACUGCUACAGAUUUGACAAAGGCAAAAGUCGUUUUGGACACCCUUGUCUGCAUGUUCAGUGCAUACUGUGAUGACCAAUAUGUAGUAGAAUCUUGUGAAAUUGAACAACCAGAUGGUGUUACCAAUUUGUACCCUGCUCUGGUCUACCGUGAAGAAGUUAUUGAAGUUGCAAAAGCCAAUGACUAUAUCGGUGUGUGUCAGUCACCUAAAGACAUGGCCAAACUUCUGUCAAAGAUGUGCCUUGAAACAGAUGUAAUUUCUAAUGGCAAACAACUGAGAGUCCGAGUUCCUCCGACAAGACAUGAUGUCAUUCAUGCUUGUGAUGUGUAUGAAGAUGUCGCAAUUGCACAUGGAUAUAACAAUAUUGAAAGAACUCUACCAAAAACAUCCACUAUUGCACAGGAGUUUCCACUGAAUAAACUCUCGGACCAGUUAAGGGAAAAUGUUGCACAGGCUGGAUUCACAGAAGCUCUCACAUUUUCUCUGUGUGCUCGAGAUGAUGUAUCAUCAAAACUUGGACUAGAUUUGAAGAAUGUUCGAGCAGUACACAUUUCAAAUCCGAAGACCUUGGAGUUCCAAGUGGCCAGAACCACCCUCAUUUCUGGAUUGCUGAAGACACUUGCUGCAAAUAAAAAAAUGCCUCUCCCUAUGAAGCUGUUUGAGGUGUCUGACGUAGUGCUGAAAGAUGAAACCUCUGAGGUAGGUGCUAGAAAUGAAAGGCGGCUUUGUGCUGUAUACUCCAAUAAAAAUUCGGGAUUCGAAAUAAUUCACGGUCUUUUGGACCGGGUAAUGCAGUUGUUAGAAGUUCCUUGGGAUUUGCAUAAAUCUGGAGUGGGAUAUCAUCUGAAAGCAGCUGAUGAUCCUUCAUUUUUCCCAAAGAGAUGUGCUCAGGUAAUUGUCAAUGGAAACAUCAUUGGAAAACUGGGCAUCUUACACCCUGAUGUAACAACGAAAUUUGAAUUGACACUACCUGUAUCAUGUCUAGAGAUGAAUGUAGAACCAUUUUUAUGACAGCAAAGAUAGUCCAGUAAGAUCACUGCAAUUUUACAGUGAUUCCUUACUGCAUAUUAUCUGAUAAGUGAUAUACAUUAUUCUGCUAUUUAUAUUUGGUAAAUAAAGAGUCCAGAUACUUUUAACUUA